AUGGCGGCUGUGGUUGGUGUAUAUUUAGGGAAUACCAGCGCAUCAUUAGCUAUCCACAAGGUGAGAAUUUCCUGUCUUGAAGAUGUUUAAAUGUUUAAUGGAGCCUUUGAGCUAAUUUCUAUGUUAUUCAUCCAAGGCUGGAAGAACGGAUAUUAUAGCGAAUGAUGCAGGGGACAGAGUCACUCCAGCUCUCGUCGCGUAUUCUGGAAAAGACAAGGUUGGUAUUGCUACCCUGAAAAAACAGUAUCCCAUUAAGAUUAAGAAACAGAGAAACGAGUGAUUCGAGAGGGAAGUGAUUUUCGCUAACCAUUUCUGUCUGUGUUUGUCAUGAUUCCCGUUUAUUAGAUAGAUUAUUCCAUCUUUGCUAGUUAAAAUUGAAAUAAGGAACAGGUCAAAAAUAGGGAUGCGAGAAAGGCUUGCUCGCAACCUGAGGCUCUGAUGGUUUCAGUGAGGCUGCCAGAGUGAGCUGCAAGGUUUCAAGAAAAAUAUUUCAGCAAGUGUGGUUCCUUUCUCGCUACAGCUUAAAGGAAAUUUGUCACCACUUUUGGGUGAACGAGAAAAUCCCAAUAACCACAAUACAACCAAUAGUAAGCUAUCCUGUUUGUUCCCAGUCAAAUUUUACACUUCAUUGUAGAGAUAAGUAGUCAAGUUUCCUUCACCUUUCACCCUUCUUUUAGACCUAUAGAAAUGUCAGUGUAAUUCAGAAUAUUUACACCUGUCUAAUUCUCAUCUAUGAGAAAACAAAAAGUACUCUUGUUAUUCACACAUAAGCCCUCCUUGAUGUAAAUCCUAAUCUCAAUUUCCAUUUCAUUCCUGCCAUUACAGAGAGUAUGAAAGUAUUUUUGUUAUCUCAGAAAGAUUCAUAUCAUUGCCAGUUAAAAGCCUAGAGGAGAUGCUUUAGUUUAGUUUAGUUUGCAUCAUUUUUGAGACACAUGAGAUGAUAUUCAGUUCAGUGAAUCAAGAAACAUGUAUUUGUUUGUCAAGAAGGAGGACUGUACUACAAUGAGAGUAAACUAAGAAUACUCGUUUUUGACCCCCCACAGUGAUACCACGAGUUCACUUAAAACUACAGUACAACCCCUCUAACUCAAGCUCCCAAAAUUGAGCAAAGGGAAAGUAAAACAAAUUUGAGGUAAGGGGGAAUUAGUUCAAGUUAACCUAGUUUGAGUUAGCUGAUGGUAAACAACUGAUAAAAUGGGGUCAUUAAUCCAUGGGAAAUUGCAUUCUGUUCAAGUUCAAGUUAGUAGGAUUCUGUUGUAUAUAUAGUUAGCUUUCCUGUGAAACUAAGAUUUUUUGGUACAUUUCCUAUAGUACACUAAUUUAUCAAGGAUAUUUUUAGCUUAAACAAAUGGAGUGAGGAGACUCAGAUGAUAUCCACUCUUAGCCAUCAUGCUGAAUUGAUACUUUCUUGGAAUUUCCUUACGUUAGAAUUCUGAUGAUAUUUAUACCUCAUAAUGUGAGAUUUUAUCUUCUAGGCAAUUGGUCUUCCAGCUAAGCAAGGGCUUAUUCGCAAUUCAAAGAAUACCAUGGCAAGAGCAUGCAAAAUAAUUGGAUUGAGGUGAGAAUCUCAUUGUUCUCCCUUAUUUUGAGCACAAUAGUCACAGGUUUAAGAAUAAACCAGUAGAGUAGACCUUUUAUCUGUUAAAUUCUCAAUGCAGUGAUAAGAGAUACCACAAGUGAAGACAGCCAGAAUCAGAUGUGGUGUGAGAAAUAACCUCAAUAUUUUCAUUCAAUUUCAUAGUAUGUGUUUAUGGGGGGCAGCUCUCUGGUAGAAGGGAACAAGAUUUUGUACAGUAUAAUAAUAUUUAUUUUCAGGAAGAGAAAACAUAAUGUAAAAAUUACAUUUUCACAUGAAGUGGUUUCAAAAACAAGUGAAUCACUGAAUUUUUAAGGAAAUUCCUUAGUCAUGUGCAUUUUAUGAUUACAGACUGCUAUAAUUAUUAUUAGUAUAGCAUGAUCAUGUAUAGUUUUUAAUGAAUAUUGAUGACUACAACUCCAGGUUUUCUGAUGAUACAGUUCAUCAAGAGGUUCAAGAUUCUGGUUGUAAGGUAAAUAACUGAAAAAUUAAACAGAGACUCUCCUCCAAUAAACAUCUCCUAUGGAGUGAUGCCUCAUCUGAGAACACACUAAGAUGUGGUUAAAUGUAGGAACAUAUAAACCUUUCAUUUAAGACCUGUGAAUGCUUCCUAGGCAUAGGGUAUCCACUUGUUUGAGGCCUGACUGUAUUCAAAUUUCAGUUCAUUUCAUUUGUAAUUGAUAGAAAUUUGAAAUAAUGUUGAUUUUGUAUACUGCAUGGGUGAACAUUGUAGUUCCUGAAAAUGUGCAAUAGUUGAGGAGAUUGUGAUCUUUGAGGCUUUCAGCAAGUGGGUUUGUCUUGAAAUCCAGAAUAUGGUGUUUUCCAUAUAGCUUAAAAAAAAAGACACAGCUGCAACUGAACCAGAAUAACCCCAACUACGGAGAAAUCUGAGUUGAAUUAUCUGCUAGCAGACUGCUGGUGUUACAGCUUGAUUCCACACAAGGGUUUUCAGUAAACAUCUUUUGAUGUAAGUUGCUCUGUAGUGGAAUUUUCAAAAUGAGAGUUGAGAUAAUUCUGUUGGAAGUUACUGGCUCUAUUGUACUACUUUUGAAUUUGUCAUCAGAUUGUUGAUAAAGAUGGAAAGCCCUUUUAUGAAGUCCAGCUGAAUGAAAAACCCACUCUGUUUUCUCCUAAAGAAGUUAUCAAGAUGAUUUUUGAGAAACUUUUAGGUAGGUCACAGUUGUUGAUGAUAAAAUCAGUCGAUGUUCAAACUCGACACACAAUCAUACUGAAUAUACUGCAGUAGUAUCAUAAACUUAUAAUGAAGGCACGAGUCCUAGCUCAAUAUUAUGAAAUAUAAAUUGAUCAAUGGGCGAAGUGCUUUAGAUGUAAAUGCCUUGCCGUGAAAUCCUGUGUACAUUAGUUAUAAUUUUUGUCAUUUUUCUCACAAGAAUUGAUUAUCCUUGGUUGACCUUACCUCCUUACUUGAGUGGGGACAUUAACUUCAUAUUGAAGUGUUUGAUCACUUUUAUUGCAUGUCUGUGACAAUUUGAGUUUAGAGACUUUUUUAUUUGCACAGAAAUUUCUCAGGCUAAUGGUGGAAAUGACAUUGAAGAAGCUGUUAUCACUGCACCUUUACACUUUAGCAAUGAACAGAAAACAGAGAUCAGGUGAAUUAAUCAAGUCUUAAUUUCAAGAUCCAAGAUAGAAGUUCUAAAAUUGUAUGGCAUUACGUGCACAUAUUCACAUCCACUGUAAUUGUUUAGAUUUUAUGCUGUGGUUGUACAACUUUACAUGUAUAAUGUAAACUGCAGCUUAUAGGCCCUCCUCCUCCCUCCCCCCUUACUUAUAAGCUCCCAACCACCUCUCCUGGCUAUUGGCCCAUAUACCCGUAAACAAAAGAUACAUCUGAUCGUAACUGCACCCCCUACCCCCAUAUAUAACACCCCCCUUUUCAAGCUUUUCCUUCAAACAGAACCUUUAAAAAAAUUUUGUAGAACAAUUAGUGUAUUACUUCUUUUUAAUAGUCAACUCUUGUGUAAAUUAACUAAACCUUUAUUAUAAAACACCUUUAAAAUAAUUUUUCUAUGCUUUACUGCUAGUAUUGCUUCAACUUAAUGCAAUCCCAUAAAAAACCUUAGUGAAAGCUAACAUGUGAAGGGUGGGAAGUGUUGACGUGAGCUGCUCCUGAAAAAGCCAUCCAGUCUUGCUGCACUCACAUUACUUUGUUGCAAAAACUUGAUGGAAAACAGAAAUAAGAAAAAAGGAGCAUGUUUCAAAAAAUAGGGAGUUUCUUGUUCUAACUUCCAAAAAAAGAGUUUUAAUUGCAGAAUUUUUGGGGGGUUUUGUUGCUGCAUGUACCUGAAAUUUUCAACAUCUAGUGGUCAUAUGAAAAAAUGCUUAUUGAUUCAGUUUGGUUGGGUGAGACAGGAAAAUAUUUGGAUCUUGGUUAUGAAGCACAGACCAAGUACAGUGAAGUCCAUCUGUCAUCACCUGGAGCAAAAUAUUUUCUUGUCUGGCCCUCCCACUCAGUCAAUAAGGACAUAUUAUGACAUUUUGAAGCUUAAUUAAAAAAAAACAGUAGAUGUAUCAUGAUCAGCACUGCUGUAGCUCAUUUCAAAGCACUUUUUUUAUUCAGGAUAUAGGUCCCCUUGGAUUUAAGGCCCUCAGUUUAUAAGCCCUCCUAAAACCCCUUAUGAGGUUGUAUCAGCCAGGGCGUAUAAGCAGCAGUUUAUUGCAGUUUGUUACAUGUGGUAUUGAACCAGUUGUAUGACAUUUUUUUUUUAGAGAGGCUGCAGAAGAUGCUGGCUUUGAUGUGCUUCGUGUUAUAAGUCAACCAGCGGCAGCAGCACUGGCCUAUGGUAAAGUGAACAGGAAUUUUUUUUCAGUGAUCAUGGGUCAAAUGACAUUCACUGCCCAGCAGUGGUGUUCUACUAUUAGUGGAAGAAUGCUUAAUGUGCUCUGUCCUUAUAAAUGUCAGUUCAGGGUAAGAAAACUGUUGAAAGCUUAGUGGUUGUUAGGGUACUUGUUCACCCAUGAGUAAUUACUGAUAUGUAGCUUCCCUCCCCUCCUCAAUGGAAUGCAAAUUUAUUGUGGGUAUCUCUAACCAUUUUUUGGUGGGUUUAGCUGUACCUUUUACGGAAACUAGCAAUAGUGAUUUUGGAUAUUAUAUUUUAAUAAUUAGAAGUGAUAUUUUAUUCUGUGAGUUGACUGUAAAAGCCAUUUCAAUCAAUAAGUUACUUAAGAAAUUAAAAGUUCUCAUUUUUUAUCAAGGCUUUUCAUUUACUGAGUUGUCAUUUUUAUAGCUAUCUUUUAAAAAUAACAAUUUACAAACUUUAGCUUUUACUCUCUCUUAACAGACAUUGGACAAAAUGAUCGCAACUCAUUAAGGUAUGAUGAUGUUUAUCAAAUAUGGCUGUAGAAGGGUCUGUUUUCUUUUAAAAAUGCUAGUCAGAUGUAUUAUCACAGGGUGUUUUUUUUUUUUAUUAUGUUCUCUGUUUUAUCAGAUACAUGUGGGAGUGGGGAUUUGGUGUAUAUAAAAAAAGACCAAGCAUAAACAUAAUAGGUUAACUUGGAAACUCUUUUGAAAAAAGCAAACUUUUGAUUUUCCUUCUUUUUGAUAGUAAAUGCCUUUUCAAUUUUUUACUUUCACAGUAGUAUCUAAAAUAUCUUAAGAGUGAGGUAGCCGAAAGCAAGUAUAAUUUCAGUAUUGUGAAUUGAUCUGUAUUUUCAAAAAUUGACGUAGAUGCCUAUUUUAAUAGUAACUUAAAUAAAAACUUUGGUAAGAUGGCGUUAUUUUCAAUCCAUAAAUUGAUUUUCUGAUGUAAAGCUUUAAUUCUUAAAAUCAUUGUUCAGAUUUGUGCACUGCUUUAUAUCACCAGGAGGGUACUUGUUUAUAGACUUGGAGGAACUACACUUGAUGUCACUGUUUUGGUUGUCAAUGGUGGAAUGUACAGAGUGAUAGCAACAGAAAGUGACACAGCCUUGGGUGGAAGAAAAUUUGAUGAGUUACUUGCCCAUCAUCUUGCUGCAGAGUUUCAAAGGUUUCUGUUCUUUUUGCUCAUAGAAAAUAGUGGCUUAGGUUUGCAAAGAUAAUCUGAACCGAUUGCAUAUGUUUUGGUUCACAGCAAUUUGAUUCAUACUAGAUUUGCCAGCCGCCAUACUAUCUAUUUUGUGCUCAGAAAAUUUUAAUUCACGUUUCUUUAUUUUAUUGCAGACAGUGGAAACUAGACGUCAGAAGCAAUAAUAGAGCAAUGGCCAAACUAAGGGCCAGUGCAGAGAACUGUAAACAUAUUCUGUCAUCCAGGGAUACAGCAACUUGUGCCAUCGAGUCACUCUGUGAAGGGAUUGACAUGAACACCAAAGUAUCCAGGUAUUGAAAAGUGAUGCAUAGUCAUUUUGUCUUUGUAAGACAAAGGGCCAGUUGUCCAAUAAGGUGGUUAAUACUUAUCCACGAUUAAAGUUACAACUUGGUUUAAUUUUUCAUUUGUUAAGCAUAAAUUGGAGCUGGUCUUUGAUGGAGUUUACUCUUAUUGUUAGACGAAAUUAAAGGAAAUAGAAUAUCAGUUUAAGAGCUGUGUCGAAAAUUUUAAAAAAAUGGAUCAUUAACCGUGUUUUCUCCUAAAUUUCCCCGUUGAACAUCACCUAAAACAGAGCUCCAAGCUCCACUUUUCCAAAGUUUCCUUUUUACAACAGAAAAUUCAUAAUCCUAAAGCUAAAUACUUAGACAGCAAAGAAGAAAAAGGAAAAAUUUGGCGUCCUAAGCUGGAAAUUUGAUCGCCAAUUUUUUUUCCUACUUGCUAUACUGACAAAAUAGUUCUCAGCUUGGAGCUCUGUAAUAAAACUGCAGUGCAUCAACUUUUUUAUUUGUUUCCUUACAGAGCUCGGUUUGAAUCCCUCUGUUGGAGUUUAUUCCAACAAAGUCUUUCCUCCAUCGACCGAGUUCUUUCCACAGCAAAUAUCAGUAGAAACAACAUAGAUCAGGUAUGAUUACUGGCAAAUUUUGAAGUACCAUGAUAAUUUCAACUCUUUUUUAUUUCAAAUAUUCCUCGUCAUCGUUGGGUAAUUGCUUAGAACUUCUUCCUGAAAAACUGUAGGCCUACAGAAAUCUUGUCGUUAAAUUGCGGUAGCAACUCAUUUCAGAAGUGAUUCAACGUAUGCAGUUAACUUAAGUUCAACAUUUAGCGGGUAUUUACCGUUCAGUCAAAGUUUUGUUUUGGACCUUAAUUCUCGAUAUGUCGCCAAUUGGUAGCCUGUCGGUAGCCUGUCGGUAGCCUGUCGGUAGCCUGUCGGUAGCCUGUCGGCGGCCUGUCAGUAGCCAGUCGGUGACCUGUUGGCCAUCGGUCGGCUGACAGGUUUUUUUCAGGGAGCUGUUCUUCAUGAUCACCAAUUUUUAAUGUGAGAGUCCUCCCCACUACUCAAUAGUGCGGUGGUUUCUAUUUGAUUGUGAAAGAACGAAUUCAGCAUGAUAAUGUACUUUCUUGACCCCUGAAAAGGUAACGUAUUAAUUUUCUUUUACAGGUUGUUUUGGUAGGUGGUUCCACACGUAUUCCUAAAAUCAAGCAGCUUGUUCAAGAGUAUUUUGCAGAAAAAGAAGUUUGUCAGACAAUUGAUCCAGACAGUGUGUUGGCAUAUGGCGCUGCUAUACAGGUAAUAAAAUCUGACCCAAUGUAGUGUAAUCCCCUUCACCAAAGAGAUUGUAAUUAUCUUCUCUUUUUUUUGGUGACUUUUAAAGGCGUCGUUACUUCAAGGAAGAGAAGAACAGAUAAAUGAUGACAUAGAGGCGGAAUGCACGUCAAAGGCUAUUAGUGUGAUGGUAAGUAGAGCAGUUGGCUUGGCUUCCACAGGCAGCAAAACGAUCAUGAUAAUAGUCACCAGGCGGCAUACCAGUUGCCUGUAAUGAUGCAGCAGACUCUUGACCCUGACCCUGGAUUUUAUAAACCCGAUGUUUCACAGAUUUAGCAUCGUGGUUCUGAGGAAAUUCGAGACUAGUUGACCCAAAUGCUCAAUUUCUUUCGCUGUGCUUUGAAUUUGCGUUGUGCGAUAUGCGCUUAAUGCCGUGAGACUGUCGCAAUCUGCCACUCAGCUAUUCUUGUGUUGUGAUUUCCAUUUAUCAUUUCCUCUAUUUGUGUGAUCCUUAACAUUUUCGCGUGAUUUUUUUUACAGCUCGAAGAGGCAGAGGCCCGUCUGUGUCCAAUUAUCCCCAAGCACUCUCCCAUACCCCUACGAAAAACACACAAUUUCACAACCUCUGUGGACAAUCAGGUUUGAUUUUCUUUUCCUUUCUCACUCUCUUCAUAUCUGGUCAUAUGGUUUUUAAAAUACUGUUUGGAGACGUUUAAGACCGGUUUUUGUCUUGCACUCCCAGACGUUAAUAGCAUCAAACCGAAAAGUGUAUUAAUCCUUUAAAUCCCAGACGCGAUUAACAUGUAGCUUCUCCCUAUAAUAUCUAUACAUUAUCCAGCAAUCCAGUAAUGAGAAUACUCAAACUUUAUCAGGUAGAAGUUGUUAUCUUGAUCUAACACCAAAUUCUCAUAACUAAUUUAGAAGGAAAGGUGUAGCAGCUAGAGGGGAGAAUUAACAAUCAGAUCUUGGGAGUUAAAGGGUUCGGAAAAGUAGUUGAGUAGAAGGCUUUAUUCUUAGUUGGUUGAAAGUUCAGUCGGAAUCUCUUGCGAUGAUGCCUUGUUUCUUUCUGUAGGAGACUGUUUGUUUAUCUGUAUAUGAAGAGGAUGACGACAUGGCUAACAAUGCUGGAAAGACUCUUGUAGCUAAGGUGAGUGGAUAGCAUGCUCCUGGCUAGGUAAUUUGGUUUGCUUUAAGUCUUAAUCAGGGUGCUAUCUGGCAGACGACAACUUGAGGUUUUAACUCAAGAAAUCAAAUUUAAUCACCGUCGCUAUUUCGCACUCACUGGUAUGGACGCUAGCGAAACUGAAACAAUUUUCGUUGGUGAGCGGGUACGACUAAGAGCACAGAUGACGAGUAAAGAUCCGUUUGCCAUGAGGGCCGCGAUUGUUACCUGCAAGGAAGAUCAUUACCGCUUUGACUUGUCAUUUAAUUCUCUUAGUGAUACUCUGUAUUAUCAGUUUGCUUGUUAAAUAGUUAAUCACUGAAAGGAGUAAUACAGUCACAGAGAAAAUCAUUAAAAAAGUCGCUACCUUUGGUAACAAGAAGGUGAUCAUAUGUUGACAAUGUUUUUAAAAAUUAGCGAGCAUGUCAUCACUUUGCGAGGCUCAUUCGCUACCUUGCCUGUGCCAUGUCGUGAUUAUGUCGCAAAUUCGUGACGCCAUCGUGACCAACAACAAGUCAUGAAAAAAAGCCCUGACCAAGUCGUGAACAAGUGGUGACUGAAUGGUGUGUGUGUUGUGAUCAUGACGUGGUUAAGCGCCGUUGCCAUGUCGUAGCCUAGUCGUGUUCAUGUAAUGACGCAUUUUUGAUCGCUUUGUGCAUUCGUGAUCCAAUAAUGUCAGAAAACGAGUCUUGAAAGUCACGAGACAAUGGUAACUAGGUCAGGUCCAAGGCGUGCUCAACACGUAUCCAAGGGGUGUCCAACACGUGUUUAAGUCGCAACUGGGUCAUGGCAGAGGCAUAAGGCAAAUCAUGAUCAAAACUUGGUGGAGUCAUCUCUGAGUUGUUUCUUUUGCAUAUCAUAUUUUAGCGACAUCUCAUUGAAUCUUACUUGCAUUGGCUUUGCCUUACUUAGAUCUGUGAUUGAUAUAGAAAAGUCACCAUACCCUCUAAGCUAAAAAGAUGCAUGAUUCAAACCAACCAUGGCGUGAUCACUCAAGUUUCCAGCACUUCGGGAAGUUUACUUUCACUUUGAAUUUUGAUUGGUCCUUGUUAUAAUUUCCUCUCUUCGAAUUGGCCGUUGUACAAUGAUAAUUUUCGUUUUAGUUUUACAAAAUGCAGUCGACAUGCGUUUUAUACCGUUGUCGUAGUAUAAAUGUAGGCCCUUAUUUCCCAGCACCAAAAUCAAAACUCACGAUAAAUAUCGUUCUCUUAUGAUCGCCACAGGUAGUUCUUGAAGAUAUACCACCCAUGGCAAAAGGACAAGCAGAAAUUAUAGGGACCUUUCACAUUAGAAGGUGAGGUUUGGUUGCAAGCCAAAUAGCGAUUUUUUUCUUUUUUUUUUCAGUUCAAACCUUCAAUUGACGCUCAUGUGAAUUCUGAAUAUCAUCCUUGUUUAUUGCCUCGAACAAGACACUCUCAAGUCCUGUUCCUGCUUGGUUCGGGUUUCAGUCAAAUGUGGUGCUGUCGGGGUUGGACUACAUUAUUGUGUUGCAUUGGCAUAGCAAAUAUCACUUCUGGGCUUUUAGUCCUUCUCUGCUGAGGCUAUGGAAAACAUUUUAGUUGAGUUUGUUCACAAAGCACAUUGAAGAUACACUUGUCACACACUUGUUUUAGAGUAUGAUGACUCCCUAACUGAUGUUGAUGGAACUGCCUUGCCCGUUUCUGGAAACCCUGUUCUCUUUCCUAACAUCUAUAAUGUGCAACAUGAAUGACUCAGGUCAUUGUGCAGAGUGCAAGCGAAAUAAGAGUCCCUUGGGAGCAAUUGUGUCAGAGGUCGCUUGCUCUGCGUUCACUCUUAAAGGCUCGCAUACUGACCUGCGUAAUCGUAAAAAUCGGCUUUGGACCGAACAGUUUGAAGCAUUUGAAGAUUGUGGGCAAUGGGGUAAUACACCUCUUUUCAAGUAUUGACCCGCUUUUCCUUGUUCUAUUGGCCAAGUUUAGUGGUUAAAUAUUUGAGGAAAAGUCACAAACAGAUGUUUCAUGCAAAUGUAGUUUGCUACACAGAAUUUGUUGUUGUUUAUUUAUGCUUGAAACAUUUUGAGCAUGAACUCUGUCUUUUUCUAAAUUUUACAGAGAUGGAUCGUUGCACAUUCAUUUGAUGGAAAAGACAUCUGAGAAGUCUGCUGACAUCAAUAUUGACUGCUGCACUUGAUUAGGUCGUACGUGGCGAAAUUCAAUAAAAUCCUACUAUCGAGCUAACUUGAUUGGAAUGUUGCGAAGAACGUGAUGGAGUUUAUGUUAUUUUUUAAUACUAUGCUUAUCUUAAUCAGUUACUGCGAUAAUCUGGUUCUACACAUGGCGGGGAAUUUUUUUCCAGAUAAGCCGUUCAACCUGGGGUGAAUUAUUUUAAAGCAUGAACAUUGUGCGAGGUAGCAGAAGAUGUUCUCGCUAAAUCGAAAAAGAAUUUCUCAAGCAGACCAAUGAAAAUGUCAGGGCGCGGUUGUUUAGAACCUGAGAACAAAAGAGCAGAGCGAAAAGAAGAGAAACAACAACACUGGUAAUAGUUUUUAGAAUUCCAGCAAGGAAAAAAAUGUUCUAAUUUAUUUGAAUCCUUAGAAAAAAGCAUUCUGAGCAAAUUUAGACAGGUGCAAAACUUUCUGAAUACUUAACAUAUUAGUACAAAUAACAGUGACAGAAAUACUGCUAUGAAUCAUGCUUAAGUUUUAUUUUUCAGGCUCAAGGGUAGAGUCUCACUUUUUUAAUUUCUUUCUUUCCAUUCUUUUUGUUUCAUCCUUUUAAUUAAGAAAGGUACGUUAGUUUCAUAGGCGAUUGAACUGAAGGUUGCAUUUUCUUUUCUAAUGAGAAUGGUAUUCUCUGAUACUUUUUAUCCAUUUUCUCGAUACAAUUUUCCAACAUAACUCAAGCUGGCGUGUCAUUGACAUGUUGGGUCUCAGUGCUAAUUUGAGGCGUCUACUCUUGCGGAGGGAACCUUCAUUAAGCGCCUCUAAACCGAAAAUACUGGAUUAUUUGAAGUGAUGAAGUCGAAACGAACUCUUUAUGGCUUGGUCAUUUUUCCAACUAAACCUCGACAAAGAUUUGCCAGGGGAGAAAACUUGAUCUUUGUCGUGGCCAAAAUUGCGCAGAUUUUGACUAUUGCAUAAGUGGUUUCGCAAAAUUUGACUCGACUCUCUAUCUGCGCCAUCUUUAAUCUUGGCUUGUCAAGUCGUCUUUCUAGUUUCAGGCGCAGAAAAGUACGAGUAUUCGUGGUCUUAAAUGUGCAUACGUAUUUUCGUGAAGUUUUACAGUCAAAAAUUGAGCAUCACAGUACUUCCAUCGUAGCUUAACGUCAAUGUUUGUUGAGGACUCAAUGGAUGGUGUUUCUAUAGAUGACUUUCGAGAUCAGUGUCGAAGACAAAUGGUUGGUUUAUUAGACUAGUGAUUGUUAUGAACGAAUAUUUGGCGUUAUAUCAGGUUGUUACCUUGAAAUGGCUGGUCCAAGGUCUGUGCAGUUAGAUGUAAUUUUGUGCGUUUUCUUUUUUACGCAAGGUCAAAAAUAUUGUGUACUUCAUACACGGUUAAGAGAUGGAUGCUCUUCGUUUCGCGUAAAAAAAUCUUCCUUUCUGGGGUUGGGUUGUGCUCCAAGUGGGUGGCAAAAAAAUCGGCACCUCUUAAUCCUUUCACUCCCAAGAGUGAUCAAAGAGGAAUUUCUCCUAGGUAUUGUUUUUGAGAUUAUUAUUAUUAUUAUUUAUUUAUUGGGUACUUUUGUAACAAGGAUUCUAGCCUUGGUUCAUAGCCGAAAAACACCUGUUAAACUUGAUGGAGAUAAUAACUUGAGUAGCCAAGGAAAAUUUCUGCCCAAGCGCCACUCGAAAAUAUAAUGUUCCAUCUCCUAUUGUAAGUUAUACAAUGAUACUUAACCUGUGAAAGGUACUUGUAAACACGUGUAAUGCAAUUAAAACAAGUAAUAAUUCUCUAGUGAAAGUUUUUAAUGGCUAAAAGACAACACAGCGCAUCGUAAGGUGUAAUAUCUCUUGUAUUUGGUGGUGGUAGUGUGGUCAAAAUUAUGGCCGAAGUAACUCGUCGGGAAUUCAAACAAUGCUAUGUGACUUUCUAAAGAACAGAAAUACCUUGCACACAAAAAUUUCCUUUUGAUAAUAGGGGAGUCUUUUUGUAAUAACCGAGCCCGAUUUCUCUUUCGGGUUUGAAAUGUUUUUCGACCUUUAGAAAUGUAAUUUCUUUGACAGCAAGCCACAACUUAUCACAAGUUAUUUUACCAAGUUGCAAAUUUGCAAAAAAGUUAUGGUUUCGAUAUGUUUAAAAUUCAGUUGUAAUUUACUUUUUGCUCUGUUUAUCUGAAACGACGGCUCAGCUUUCUAUUUUACGGACCUGCCGUGAUUUCCCCAACUCCCUUUAUGAUAAUAUUUAACAAACAGACCGCGGAAUGGAUUUAU